CGGACUACACGGCGCAUCAUGGAGGAGGGUGCACUCUGGGUAAAGGUGGGCUUAUUUGAGGGUGUAGUGCGAGGAUUUGAGGAGGCUGACACAGUGUGGGCAAGGAUAGAGUAGUAAGGGUACAUUUUUGAGGUGGUGUCGGGCUUGUCCCGCAUGUAAAUAUCUUGCAAAACUAUGGAGUUUUUGGGAGUCUUUCCCCUUCUUCUUUAACGAAUGAUACGCACAGUCGCACACUCGUGCGUAUUCGAAAAAAAAUAUUUCAAAUUUGUUGAACAGUACAGCUGUCAACUUACGUUGAGUGUCCCUCAAAAAAAAAAACUUAUGUUGAGUGUCCAAAAUUUUCCUAUUUUUUUAUCAGAUAUAAUUUUUUCCAACUACAGCCGAGCUGACGCAGAGCAAAGUCUUCCGACCUUACAAAUAGUCCAGGCCUCUUCGCACAUCUAACAGGAAAAAAAUGGCCGACUCCUCCACGCCGCACUCCAACGGUUGUGCCGUCGCCGGCGCCGAUGAGGAGAAGCCCUCCGUGCCCCGUUCCCUGGCGCCGCCGCGGAAGGUGGCGCUGGUGACGGGCAUCACGGGGCAGGACGGGAGCUACCUGACGGAGCUGCUCCUGUCCAAGGGGUACGAGGUGCACGGCCUCAUCCGCCGCUCCUCCAACUUCAACACCCAGCGGCUUGACCACAUCUACCACGACCCGCAGGAGAUACCCUCCGCCGCCCGCCCGCCGAUGCUCCUCCACUAUGCCGACCUCUCUGACUCCUCCUCCCUCCGCCGCGCGCUCGACCACGUCCUCCCCGACGAGGUCUACAACCUCGCCGCGCAGUCCCACGUGGCCGUCUCCUUCGAGGUCCCGGGCUACACCGCGGACGUCACAGCCACCGGCGCGCUCCGCCUACUCGAGGCUGUCCGCCUCUCCGCCAAGCCCAUGCGCUACUACCAGGCCGGGUCCUCCGAGAUGUUCGGCUCGACCCCGCCGCCGCAGAGUGAGACCACGCCCUUCUACCCGCGGUCACCCUACGCGGCCGCCAAGGUCGCCGCGCACUGGUACACCGUCAACUACCGCGAGGCCUACGGCCUCUUCGCCUGCAACGGCGUGCUCUUCAACCACGAGUCCCCCCGCCGCGGCGAGAACUUCGUCACCCGCAAGAUCACCCGUGCCGUCGGCCGCAUCAAGGUGGGGCUCCAGGCCAAGGUCUUCCUCGGCAAUCUCUCCGCCGCCAGGGAUUGGGGCUUCGCCGGGGAUUACGUCGAGGCCAUGUGGCUCAUGCUCCAGCAGGACAAGCCUGACGACUAUGUCGUCGCCGCCGAGGAGUGCCACACCGUGGAGGAGUUCUUGCAGGCUGCUUUUGGGUACGCCGGCCUCAACUGGAAGGAUCAUGUGGUCAUUGACAAGAAGUACUUUCGCCCUUCCGAGGUGGACUGCCUUCAGGGAGAUUCAUCCAAGUCGAGGAGAGUGCUUGGGUGGAAGCCCAAGCUUGGCUUCCAGCAGCUAGUGGAGAUGAUGGUAGAUAACGACAUCGAGCUCGCCACGAAGGAGAAGGUCCUUGUGGAUGCUGGGUACCGCGACACCUAGCCUUGGAGGGGAUUAUCUUCCACAAAAUCUUUUACAAAGAUGGUCGUCGUAAGCGAUUUCAUUCACCACCCAAGCUUUCGAGGGAAAGGACCAGAUUGCACUUUUAAAAAUCAAGUCCUUUUUUUUUUUGCGGGGAUUUAAAAAUCAAGUCCAGGGGCUUUAUUGCAAAGUUCUUGGGCUUUGUUGUAAUUUUGUUUUCCUAUUUGGUCCAAGGUAGACAAUCAUUCAGUUUGUGUACAUUCGCCCUCAUCUCGCCGGACUGGAUCGUUGGGGUGAUCGGAGAGGCUUGAAGUCUUCGUCUUGCUAAUUCAAUACUUUGUUAUCAAUGA